GAAGAUUUGUUCUAUAUAUAUGAAGAGGAUACGAAGUUAUGAAAGUACUCUAAAAGAAAAACAAAUCCCCAAUAGUUUCAUUUUAUACUUUUGGUUUUAUUUUUAUUCUCUUUUUCCUUUUUCAUGGCUCUGCUUUUACUCUCCCACAUGCCCUUCGUAUGAACAACUCUUUCUUCUCCGAUUAACAGAGACGUCAAUCCGUUGGGAAACUUAUUAACCAUCUUCACAUGUUCUUCUUCUAGAUUCAAUACCCACUUUCAUAAUUCCCUUAAAUCCCCAUUUUCCUCUCCAUAUCUUCAAGAAGCAUCUUCAAAAAAUAAAACCCCUUUUUUGAUCUCUCUCUUUGUGUGUGUGUGUUAUGGAGCUUCUCUGCUUCUUCUUCCUCUGCUCUGUUUUCUAUUUUCUCUUCACCAUUUGGAAGUAUUUUGAUGACAAACGAGAUCAAGAAUGUUACAUAUUGAAUUAUCAAUGUUACAAGCCGACCGACGACAGAAAAUUAAGUACGGAGUUCUGCGGCGAAGUCAUUAAGAGGACCAAAAAUCUGGGUCUCAAUGAGUAUAAAUUCCUUCUUAAAGCUAUUGUUAGCUCCGGUAUCGGUGAAGAAACCUACGGUCCGAGGAUUAUGUUCGCUGGCAGGGAAGAUAGUCCGACGCUGGAUGAUGGAAUCUCGGAGAUGGAUGAGUUUUUUCAUGACAGUAUUGGGAAGAUCUUUCAGAAAUCGGGAUUUUCUCCUUCGGAUAUCGAUGUUUUGGUUGUUAAUGUCUCAAUGUUAGCGACGAUUCCGUCGUUAUCUGCUCGAAUUAUUAAUUAUUAUAAACUCCGGUCUGAUGUUAAGGUGUUUAAUCUCACUGGAAUGGGCUGCAGUGCGAGUUUGAUUUCCAUAGACGUCGUUUCCAGAGUAUUCAAGUCGUAUAAAAACAUCAACGCUCUUGUUAUAACGUCUGAAUCGUUGAGUCCAAAUUGGUAUUCCGGUAACGACAGAUCGAUGAUUUUAUCGAAUUGUUUGUUCCGAUCCGGUGGGUGUGCGAUUCUGUUAACGAACAACAGAGCUUUGAAAAACAGAGCUAUGUUCAAACUCAAAUGCUUGAUCAGAACUCACCACGGGGCCAGAGAUGAAUCCUACGGUUGUUGUAUUCAAACAGAGGAUGAUAAAGGCUACAUGGGUUUUCACUUAGGGAAAAACCUCCCAAAAGCCGCAACAAGAGCUUUUGUCGACAAUCUUCGAGAAAUCGCGCCUAGGAUUUUACCGGCAAGGGAGUUGGUUCAAUUUUUAAUUCUGAGUCUAGGGAAGAAACUGAACAGAAAUCCAAAACAAGGGAGCGGGCCGAAAACGAGUGCGGUGAAUUUCAAAACAGGGGUCGAUCAUUUCUGCAUCCACACCGGCGGGAAGGCGGUGAUCGACGGAAUCGGGCUGAGUUUGGGGUUGGAGAAGUACGAUUUAGAGCCGGCGAGAAUGACGUUACACCGAUUCGGGAACACGUCGGCGAGUAGUUUGUGGUAUGUAUUGGCAUACAUGGAAGCAAAAAAGAGAUUGAAGAAAGGAGAAAGAAUAUUGAUGAUAAGCUUUGGAGCUGGGUUUAAAUGCAAUAGCUGUUUAUGGGAAGUGGUGAGAGAUUUGGAAGAUGGUAAUGUUUGGGAAGAUUGUAUUGAACAUUACCCACCAGAAUCCAUCUCGAAUCCAUUUUUGGAAAAAUAUGGAUGGAUUCAACAGGAAGAUAUAGCAACUUUUAAAAUGCCGGAGUAACUAUAAACAAACAGAACAGCGAUGAUGAUGAAGCAGAAGGAGAAGAAGAAGAAGAAGAAGAUGAUGAUGAUGAUGAUGAUAGAUUGUUUUUUUGUACUUUGGAAAAUUUGUUUCUUCCUCAUUUGAUGAUUGUGUUUGAAUAUGUAAUUUGUCGUAUUUACUGUAUUACUACUAGUGUUGUCGAUUUGAAUUGUUUCACAAAGCAAUAAGUUCUUUUCCUAACCCAAAAUAUCCCCAAUGUGAUUUAGUUUUCAAA